UGCUGUGCCUCUUCUCCCUCUUGGUCUAGGCCGGGGCACCGGUUGCCGUGGUAACCGGAAAGCCCGUCUCUCCUUGGGAAGCGGCUCUUCUCCUCCCCUGCCCCCUCCCUGCACCUUCCCUCCUCCCUCCCCUCCCCUCCCCCGGCACCCGGCGCGCUGCAGCUUGCUUGAAACUAACAUGGCCGAGCCCCCCGGCCGGCGGCUGCGGCUCCAGUGGCUCCGGCUUCUGCUCCAGCUCUGGGCUCUGGCCGGGGGUGGGGGCCCCUCACUGAAAUCAUAAACUCGGGAAAAAAAUUUAUAGAUCCUCAACCAGUCAUCCCGACAGACAUCCAGCAAGUUAAAAAAAAAAGAGGGGUGGGGAAGAGAACGCCCCCAACCCUACUGUAGCAUGUGGAAACUGAACAAGAGCAAAGUGCUUCUGGAUGAUUCCCCAGAGGAAGAGGAGAGCCGGGCAGAGGGGACAGCGCCGCCGCCUCCGGCCGCCGCCUCCUCCCAGAACAAGGACCAGUUACUUCAAGAUGAAAUUACCUCCUCCGUGUCUCAACUUGCCACGAAGGUUCAGGGAGCCAGUUUCCGAGGUUGGAAAGAAGUGACCUCAAUGUUUAAUAAAGAUGAUGAACAGCAACUACUAGAAAAAUGCAAAUCUCCAAAGUUUAAAGGAACUAACUUAAGAAUAAAAGAAGAUGUGAAGACUGAAAAGAAAUCUGGAUUUUGGGACAGUUUGGUGUUAAAACAGAAUAUACAAUCUAAGAAACCAGAUGAGAUGGAGGGAUGGGAGCCACCUCAAAUUACUCUUGAAGAUGUAGCCACUGAUGAAAGUGACUCUUCUAGGGACCAUCUCUCCUGGCCGGGUUGGGAAGAUGAGACUAAAGGUUCCACUAAAUAUACCAACCUGACCAGCUCAGGAAACAGUUCCAGGUGGAGUAUCAAAUCAGCUGGAAAAUUGGUCGGCAUUAGACGUCAAAGCAAAGGUAAUCUUACCGAUAACUGGGAAGAAUUAGAAUGAUAAUCACAAUUUGAAAUACUUCAUAAAUGAAAAUGUUUCUUGAUAUCUAUGUAUAGUCAAACCAAAAUUUGCUCAGUAUUGCACCCGUAUGCUUGGUUUUGUUUAGAUUCUUAUAUUUUUCUGUUAUUUUUAAUUAGUUUAUCAGUAGGUGAUUCAUCUGUUUUCUUCAUUUAAAAAAAAUAGAAAACCUCUUUUGUGCCUGUUUUCCACAUUUGGAUUUUUCCAGUAUUUCAAAUUGUUGAGAUAACCAAAAAUACUGCAUUUUCUGUGUGAAUGUAUACACUGGUUUUGAAUUCGACUGCCUUAUCUAGAAACUUCUAGGCUCUUGGGAUCCCAAGACUUCUGAAGCUACAGAUGUUAAUUUUGGAUGACUUCCAUUAAAAAACCAGUGUUGAUUUGUAAUUUGCCACAAAACUCUUUUCAUGCCAUAAUUAUAAUUCUAGGGUUUUUUGCCUGAAAAUCUUCUUUUCCUUGUUUUUUAAUUAGUCAUUCUAUUUCUGUUUAUAUGUUGUAUGAAAUAUGAGGCUGUAGCAGUUGUACAAUUCUCUUCCAUUGCCAGAAAUUUGCAGAGAGUCAAUAAGUCUUCCAAAGGUUAGGCUAAAAGUUACUUAAUUUAGCAAAAAAGUCAAAAUUUGCAUUAAAAAAACUUGGCUAAACAGUUAAAUAGGAAAGUAAAGGGUUAUAAUUGAGUGCAAAAUGUUAAAUAAAAAAUUUUGUUCAUGCAAUGCCUGUGGAGAAAUAGCUUCUAGUUUGCACAUGAAUAGUAAUGAUUUUGGCUUUGUUUUGGUUUUAUUUUUCCUUAGUUCUCCUUCUUGACUUUUAAAUAUUGAUCUUAUUUUUAAAUUAUUUAUUUUAAAAAGUCACUGUGCUUUUAUGUUGUCAGAGUAACUAAGGAAUGAUAGAAUGUGUGCUAACUACAUGUCUUGGUACUUUUAAUUUUAGUUUGGGAAUUAAAUUGAUGUAUUUCUGUUCAUUAUAGAUUUCAAACUAUAUAAAAACUGAAAGUGCCUCUUUUUCUAUUUAUAACCACAGAUUUGGGUUUAAUUUUCAAAAUGAUAUUCUUAAUGUAAUGGGUGUUAGUUACAUCUUAUCUUGUAAAGAAAAUGCCUAUUUUUAGCAGAAAAAUAAUUUAUGGCUGAUCCAUUAUUAUCACUAUGAAGUUAUUUCUUGAAGUAAAAAAUGUUUAAAUCUCUAAACUUUUGUUGUUGUCUUUAACUAUGUGCUCAUGUCAGGUGUCUUUAGCAAUACGCCACUUCACCAGGGAUGCUUAGAUAGCCCUUUUAUCUGAAUCACCAACUUGUUUGAGGAGAAAAAAAAAAGUCAUAGCUUUUAUUGGUAAAGAAUAGUUUUUUCUUGGGGUUUUUUCAGGAGAAGGUUAUAUGCUUCAAAACACACAUUGCACUCUUCCUGUUCCCUGCAAACCAUAUAAUGCAGUUGUACUUCUGUGCAGUUCUAUUUAAAUGGACUUUCCAAUUAAAAUCUCUGUAGAAUAUCUGAACAUGCCUGAUAGUAAAACUACUAAGUCUAUGUUUUAGGAAAAAAGAUUUUCUUCGAUAAAGAUGGUCAGAAAGAUGCUGUAUUUUAAAAAUGUACAUGAAAUAAUUUUAAUUAGGUUUUUUUGUUCAUAAUAUAAUAGAAAGCUUUGUUAAUACUAUGCUGCUUAGCCUUGUUGAAGAAGAAAAAUAAUUUGCCUCAGGUAAAUAAGUUGAUAUUUGGUUUUUGUCUCCAGCAUCUGCACCUGUGUUUGCUAUACAUAAGGAUAUAUUUCAUAAUUCAUAGAUCCAUUUCAUAGUUAAAAAAAGUUUAAGAUCAGGAGCAAUGUUUUGACAUGUUUUCAGCUAAUGCUGAGGUAAGACAAUAGAUACAAAUCAUUUGAAGACCUUAUAACAACCCUUUAGCUGAGGAGAGAGGUCAGGAAAUGCCAUUAUUUUUUCCUCUUAUUGGGAGUUCUGUUAUACCAUUACCAAUAAGGAUCGCUAUGCCUUGCAUAGUUUAUUGUCAAGUGCCUGUAUUUCACCUUUUAAAGUAUUUGUGAUGCACAGCUGGAGAAAAAGCCCUGUAUAAUUACAAAAAAUUUCCCAUAAUCUGAAUUAUUCUGGACUUAAAACUGUAUUUGGAUUAGAAUUUAUUGUAUAACUUAUCUGAAUUUUUCUUUCUAUAGAUGAAACAUAUUAAAGUAAAAUAUUAAUGUUUUCUGUCAAAAUUGUGUCUGAUUUUAAGGUAAAAUGAUUAUGUUGUGAUUUUAAUAUAAUUUAUUAUAUUUUGUAGCAUAAUUUCACUAAAGUGAGUUUUUCUUUUGUUCUUUUCAUAGACGUUUCAUUAAAUCUCUUAACCAGAAAAUGUUGAGGCCUUAGUUUGGGUUUUAAAUGUUUAUAUGUCCUGAAUAUGAUCAGGAAUACAGAUGCAUGCAACAGGGAUAUUUAUUUAACUCCUUAAUGCUUUGUUUGAUUUUGAUGAGAAAUUGGUCGUGCUUCAUAAAAGAUAGAUUUAAAAAUGAAUUUUUGAGGUUAUACAAAAAAAUUUACUUAAAUCUAUUCCCCCAUUAUCAAUUUGCAUGAUUAUUGGCUUUUACUUAAGUUAAUGCGUCAGAUGACUGUAAUAAGUCACAUAGUGACUUGACCUUUUUUUAGCCUCAUUUUCAAAUGCAAAUAAUACUUGUAGAAUUUUCACAUAAAUAAAGAAAUAAUUUAAACUGGA